CACGCGGAAGUGACCCGGCCUGCUGUCCCUCCCUCCCGAUAUACCCGGCCGUACCAUGGCUGAGUGUGACUCGUCGGCCAAGAGACAGAAGAUGGCGUCGGCCUUGGAGCAGCUGAAGGAGUUCACAGUGGUGGUGGCCGACACCGGCGACUUCAACGCUAUCGAUGCAUACAAACCACAGGAUGCUACAACCAACCCUUCACUCAUUCUUGCCGCUGCACAGAUGCCAGCCUAUGAAAAACUGAUGGCUGAUGCUAUUGAAUAUGGAAAGAGCCAAGGCGGAUCUGAGAAGGAGCAGCUGACCAAUGUCAUAGACAAAUUGUACAUCAAUUUUGGAGUGGAGAUUUUGAAGAAAAUUCCAGGCCGGGUGUCCACUGAAGUUGAUGCAAGAUUGUCAUUUGACAAAGAUGGCAUGGUCGCAAAAGCCAAACGCCUAAUUCAGAUGUACAAGGAUGCAGGGAUCAACAAGGACCGUAUUCUCAUCAAACUUUCUUCCACUUGGGAAGGGAUUCAAGCUGGCAAAAUCCUUGAAGAACAGUGUGGCAUCCAUUGCAACAUGACUCUGCUUUUCUCACUUGCUCAGGCGGUUGCCUGUGCAGAGGCUGGCGCAACACUCAUUUCGCCGUUUGUAGGUCGUAUUCUGGACUGGCACGUGGCCAAUACAGAUAAGAAAAGCUUUGAACCAAAUGAAGAUCCAGGUGUACAGAGUGUAACAAAGAUCUACAACUAUUACAAGAAGUUUGGGUACAAGACUAUUGUCAUGGGUGCAUCGUUCCGUAAUACUGGUGAAAUAAAAGCAUUGGCAGGCUGUGAUUAUCUGACAAUAUCUCCAAAAUUGCUGGAAAGUCUCAGUAAAGACUUUGAGCCACUAACGCCCAGUUUGAGUGUUAAAAAAGCCGAAGCACUUGACAUACAAAAAGUUGAAAUGAAUGAACAAAAAUUCCGUUGGUCUCACAAUGAGGACCAGAUGGCUGUAGAAAAAUUGUCUGAUGGGAUCCGCAAGUUUUCAGCUGACGCUGUUAAGUUAGAAAACAUGAUAAAGGAGCGACUUUUUGGUACCAAGAAUGGAUGCUAGGAAGUCUCUUGUGUAUUUGGAUAAUUUGAAUCAUGUGGUUUGAUUGAAGACUUGUUUUACUUUCUUUUUUGACCAGUUGUGUAAAAGGAUCGCAAUACGUUAUGUAUUGCUGAAUCCAGUAUUGGACCAUGCUUAAUCCAGGCUUGUGCACUUUGGAGCAACUGUUUCUAAUAAAUACAUCAACGUACCAA